CACUGCGCUCCUGUCACGCUCCACGCUAAGCUGGCUGCUGCAGUCGUGCUGCUGCUCACAGCUUCCCGUUGCGAAUGCAGUGAUCCCGCUGCAGGGCGGCCGCAGGAGGCUCCGGUAGCGCCCGGCUGGUGGUCGUCGUGAACAUCGGAGUGACCGGUGGACGUCGUUUUUGCGGCGGAGGAGCUGCGGACUAUUUUUUCUGUAGUGCGCGGCGGAGGGAUCCCGGUUGGGUCGUGAGGUGGCCAAGAUGGCGGCAUCGCGUACGGUCCAGAGUUUUUAACGGUAUUUUUUUGCCCAGGCCCUCCAUGUUGACACAGCAGAGCCUUAGAAUACACUGUGACAAAGCCUGUAGACCUGCCCUCUGCCCAGCACUGCCAUGGCCAAGGAGCAGCCAAACGUGUUUGACCUCCUCCCUCUGCUGGAGUCCACAGAUUUACAAGACCUGGAGCAGGUCAAAAGUCUGUUACAGGAGAACCUUAGCACAGAUAAAGGAUCUUUGCUCGUGCAUGGCCUUGUGGAUUACUAUUUGGACACCAGCUCUCCUCAGGCUGUGGACAUCCUGUCCUCCAUCAGGGAGCCUCAUGACAAGCACCUUUUGGACAAGAUGAACGAGUGCAUGGCCAAGCAGGGCUGCAGACUACCAACCCUCACCCUCCUCGGCCACGUUGUCCGCAAGCAGCCGUCGUGGAUCCACAAGAUCCCUCGCUUCCCUCUGCUUGCUUCACUGCUCAAAUGCCUCAAGACUGAGUCCGAUAUCGUGGUUCUCAUUACUGGAGUGCUGGUGUUGAUCAUCAUUCUACCCAUGAUACCACAGACUAGCAAACAACACCUGUUUGAGUUUUUCGAUAUCUUUGGACGUCUGGCAGCUUGGAAUCAGAGAAACCCAGGCCAUGCUCAGGGAGUGUAUGCGGUUCACCUUCAUGCCAGCGUUUAUUCACUCUUCCACCGACUUUAUGGCAUGUACCCUUGCAACUUUGUGUCCUACUUGCGAGCCCAUUACAGUAUGAAGGAAAAUGUGGACACGUUUGAGGAGGUGGUCAAGCCAAUGCUAGAGCAUGUGCGGAUACAUCCAGAACUUGUCACUGGAACCAAAGACUAUGAACUGGACCCCAUUAGGUGGAAGAGGUUUGAAACCCACGACAUUGUGAUUGAAUGUGCCAAAGUUUCCCUGGACCCGAAGGAGGCGUCUUGUGAGGAAGGCUACUCGUCCCUGCCUGACCACGUCCCGCGCCGCCCUGUCGACCACAGCAGGUCCUUCUCAGACCUCAGCAGCCAUGGAAGGUCUUCUUUCAACUCCAUGGCCACAGUUCGCCAGUCCCUUUCCCUUUCUUUGCCCCAUCUCACAGUCAGCCAGCAUGCAUGCCUCAGCCCACAGACCCCCAGCCUGCAGGGUGCUGAGGUGACGUCCUCAGGGAUGAAGGAGGUCUUAUGGAGUCCUUCCUCAGUCUGUGGCAUGAGUACCCCUCCCAGCUCUAGAGGAAUGUCCCCCACCACCGUCACCGAUCUCUCACACAGUGCCUCGCACCUCUCGGGACGGAUCCCCGGCACGCCAGUGGAUGGAAAGUGGACUCCAUCUGCCUCCACGCCCUCAGGGUCCUCUCCUCUCCCUUCACUCUCUGAAGAGCUUGAGCACACUGUACAAACCACCAGCACUACGCUUCCUCCAGCUAAGGCGAAUCAGGAGCCAAUUAAAGAGCUUAAAAAAGGCACACCCACAAAUAUCAAUAGCAAGGGGGUUGCAGCUGAUGGCUUGAGUCCCAUUACGUUAACAGAGCUCCCUGACUUUGUGAAAACAACAGAACGGGACAGAGAGGAAGAUGCCAUCACAGAGGAGUUACGGACAAUAACCCAGUCCAAGGUGGAUCUUUUGCCCAAACCAGCACUGGACUCCUCCUUCUCCAGCACCACAGACUCCAUUCUCCCUUUAAACCCCAGCAAUGAUGUCCUGCCCUGUAAUCUGGCCUCCACGCCGGAGAGAGCCACGAAUCCUGCUGAAGGAGUGGAUCAGCAUCCUCCCCUUUCCUUCUGGCCUUGUUUCACACCAAUAGAAAACUCGUUCAGCCCUUGUGCUGCAGAUGACCCCUUAGUGGAGCUGUCCAAGGGGACGUGUCCCUACGAACCACUGUUUGACCUGGCCCUGCCCAGACUGGCCUGUCUGUUUGUUGGGAAGAAGAUGGUGGAGGCCCAGCAGAAGGCUGGAGGGCAUUCAGAGCACCGAGAAGAGCUGGAGGGGGAAGAUCUCUCCACCACGUCUCCUCUAGAGGUGCUGGAUCGCCUCAUCCAACAGGGCUAUGACCUCCAUGAGAAAGUGUUGAAGAGAUCACCUUCUCUGUCAAGCCAGUCAUCUGAGUCACACUCUGGAGGUAAACAUCAUAGCACUAAAGGAAAAGGUGUAAGUCCAGGAGCUCCUGAUGAACUAGCAUUGCUGCGCAGUCAGCUGCUGCUACUGCAUAACCAGCUGCUUUAUGAAAGGCACAAGAGAGAGCAGCAUGCGCUGCGGAACCGCCGCCUUCUCCGCCGUGUCAUCAACGCCACCGCACUGGAGGAACAGAACAACUCUAUGAAGGCCCAGCUGCGGCUGCAGGAGGUGGAAACCCAGGCUUUAAGGGUAAGCCUGCAGGAAGAGCAACAGCGGUCAAAAAAUCUUCAUCAGGAUCACGAAGCACUGGUGCAGCAGCUCCAUAGCCAGGUCCAACAGCUCCAGCAGGAGAGGAACGAGUACCACACCAAGACUCAGGAACUGCAGAGUGACUUGCAGGAGAGCCAGAAGAGAAUAGGUGAGAUGGAGGCGGAGCUGCAGAGAGCUAAUAACAAGCUGUGUAACACAGGACACCUGCUCAGUCAGCUGUCUAUCAAACUCAACAGCAGUGAAAGCAUGGAGCAGCAGAUGGCCUUCUUGAACAAACAGCUGUUACUGCUAGGGGAAGCCAACAAACUGUGUGUGGAGGAAAUCCAGCGCUUAGGGCCUGAAGCGGAUAAGGAGCACAAGAUGCUGCAGGCAUGUUCUGCGCGAGAGGUUGAGAGGUUAAGGCAGAGCUCCAUACAGCAGAGCCAGAGGCUGGAGGCAGCUCAGCAACGAAUCGCAGACCUAGAAGCCCAGCUUACCAAGAAAGAGCACCUCAUUCUGGAGCAGAAGAAGCUGCUGGAAAAUGUCAAAAGCCAGGCCAAGGGGCAGCUGCAAGCUUCAGAGAACAGGUAUCUGGCCCAGAAGCAUGUGACUCAGGCACUGCAAUCAGAACUGCUGCAGCUCUACAGUCAGAUAGAGAUCAACAACCUCGCUAACAGCACACCAGCAGGGGGCACAACUGAGCCCAGCAGCCCUCCCAAACAGAGCUCAAAUGGCAAUAACACAGGACCUUCCACACCAGCCCAAACUUCUGAGCCGAGCAAGAGAGAGGAGAGUUCCUACAUGUGCGUCAAUGGAGACCUUUCACUUGGAUCUCCACCGCUCACCGCAUUGAUCAACGGCAGCCAGGAAGAAGACUUGUCUGUCCUGUCCUGUAACUCCCCGCUGGACGUCGGCUCCUGUCCCAGCGCCCAGAGCUUUCUGGGGAUUCACAACCAAGAGCUGCUGAAUAAGAGGAAGAGCCAGUAUGAGGAGGAGCCAGCACCCCUCAUCAGCCUGUCCCACGGUCUGCAGGACCCCAGCUUAGAACCUGCAGACAAACCCCAGCUCGGCACGAGCACUGAGGGCACAGCAGCCCAGGCCCUGCAGGAGCCACCCGACCUCCAGCCCGUGGAUCGGCCCAGGGCCCGGGCCUACAACAUCCAGCGGAGGAGGCAGCAGGACCUGCGCAUCAUGGACUACAACGAGACCCAUUAGGAUUAAGAAGACUAAAGUGACGCUGGAAAUAAAGUUGGGUUAGCGGGAUGAUUGCUUGUAACACUAGAAAAAAAGAAGACGGAGAAAGAGAGAAAAAAAAAGAUAUUUUGAACUUUGCAGCGCUCUUUAUUUUUUGCGAAAGAGUAUUGCAUUGUUUUAGCGAAAUUUUUUAAAGCUCUAUUGUAUGGCCAGAAAAAAAGAGAUCUGUACAUAAUUAAAGAGGGCUUAAAGCUAUGGUCAGUAUAGUUUAGGAAUUGGGUUUGUAUUGUUUUGAGCUGUAGUUUUACUGUAGUCACAGUUAUGCACUUUCUUUCUACUCUUAGAGUGAGUAACUCUCUUCCAUUAGAGUCUGUAUGUAAACUGACUUAGGCUACACAUUCUAGAUCUUACGUUUAGAACCUGAAACAUACUGACUUUAGCUUUACCCAAUCCAUUUACCCUUAAAGAGCAACAUUCUGUGCUCUAUUUGUUUUAGUCUUGAGAAAUUCUCCGGUUCAGGUAUUGGUUAACCGUGGAUUUUGGAACUUGCUUGGAGGCAAGCGGUGGUAGGAUUGCGCUCUUGUGUUUGGCUUGUGUUCGGCCCUUGUAUUUUCAAGCAAAUCUAUUGGUGCGCAUGAAUUACCCUUGGAGGUGUCCGACUAGAUUGUGGGCCCUUACAAUUCAGAUUAACCCAAGCCAAAAGGGUCUCUAUGAGUUUCUACGGUUAGACGAAGAAAAUGGAAAUAUCGUUAAUUAUCUAAAAAAUUAAUUGUUACCGAAAAUUAAUUGUUAAUUACUGAAAGCUUCUCUGACUUCUCUGAAUAAUUUGCUGCAAAAGGAGCAGUGCAAUAAUGUAUUGUUUUUUUAGUUGUUUUUUUUUUUUUUGCUUCCCCCAACAAAUUGAGCACUGUACAUUGUUUGCUUCAUCAAAUGCAGCCGAAAUAAUAAGUAGUAUCAAUAAUGAAACAGAAACAAAAACAAAAAACAGCCGCUAGGUAGAUAGAUAGCAAGCGAGCGCGUUGUGACAAAUUUGUGACAAAAUGUUUUUGUUGUAAAAUCCAGCCCAAUGUGUGUAUGUUGUAGCCCUGCUUUUGCUAUAAUGCUAUAUGUGCUUCACCUUGAGAGGAAAAAAAAGAUGAAGCUUGUUAAAAAAGAUAGAGAUUUUAUUUUUUACGAAUUCACUUCAAUACUGGGAUUGUGUAGCCCAGUCACCAGUGCAAUACUUCUCUUAGCAUUACACCUCAUGUCAGCUCAAAAGCAUGAAAGAUAAAGCCCCGCUCCUUGGCAAGACACAUCAAAGUCUUGCUCCGUACAGAGCUAUGCUGCUGUUCAGUUCAUCCUGCAAAGACUGUAGUGCCUCGGAUUCGGCCCCUCCAGGCUCUGGAGUGAAUGAUGGAUGUCUGGAUGUAUGUCUGAUUUUACAGUGAACACAGUUGUGUGAUGAGGAAACCGCCGCUGCUUGGAAUGUGUGUGAAAUGUGAAUGUGAAUGGUCCAUGGUAACAAUGUAUGGACUGCUCUCUUAAAAAUGAAGGUGCUACAAAAGGUUCUUUGAGUGAUGCCAUUGUUGUAAUGCGAGAGAAUGAGAUUCAUGUCCCGUGGAAGAUAAAGAACUAUGACCUUGAAUGAGGGUUUCUUGUCGGUCCUGUGCAUGGUCAGAUCUAGCCAGAUGCCACCGGUCACGAUCAUUACCAACCUCUGCUCUGUGGUAAUGAUUGAUGCCCUCUGUGAUAUUUUACCUGACAACUUUGGAAAUAGAAUGUACAAUCAAGUCUCACUUUAUCCAAAAUUUCAAUAAUUCUUAUUGCAUUGCCAUGAGCACCCUGGCACACUAAUCUGUUGAAACUUACUCACGAGAUAGGAUAACACCUCACAGCCUAUACAUGUGUGGGUGUUCCCAGCCGUCCCCAGACGUAACUCAACUCAAAACGUUGUGAUCAUAUUACAUUACUGCUAUCCCAUGACUUUUUUCCCAUUACAUGUCAGUUAGGCAGCGCUCCAAGAACAUUUGUUUGAUGCACCUUUAUUAUUAUGAGAGCGUACAGCUACAUAGCUAAAGCAAAUACACUAAAACUCCAUACAUCCUGAAAUCUAAGCUCACAAGUCCAUGGAAUGAUGUCAGGAGGGUUUUUUUCUUUUUGUCUUAUUAAUUUUUUCCAUUUUAUCCUCUAUACCAUACAUUGGAAGUCUGGUGGUCAGAAAAUGAGCUUGAAUUAAUAACAGCUUUCUUAUCGCCAAAGUGUACAAGCAUUUUUCCUUUUUAGCCAAAUUAGGGCUAUUUCUGAUCAUUCUCUUGCAGUUUGGUUCAAUACGGACUGUUGAACUCUGUAAGAAAAUUAUAGUUUAGUCUGAAAAAUGUGAUAACAGGUUAGAAAAACAAAAAAAAACAAA